AUGGCAUCUGUGAUAGAUUAUGACACGAUAUUGUCCAAAUUUGAUGACCUCGUGGCAAGGAAGAUCAUAUACUACGCUCCGCGCACAACAACCCAGUUCGUCGACAAUGGGUUUGCGGUCGAAUUCCACGUCAGUACUUCACUGUCAAAGAAGCCGCAGAACGGGGAUCCUGUGAGCGGUCAGAACAGCCCCAGCUCCAAGAAACCAGAGUGCUUCGGUCCAGGCAGUGAUAUCGGGAACGACGAUCCCGACAUGCUUCUUGCGACAAUCCAUGGAACACAUCUGCUUGUAGUCAACAAGUUCUGCAUGUUCCGGCCGCAGCUUCUGCUAUUAACAAGCGACUCGUACCGGCGGCAGCGUGAGCCGCUUGGUUUAGAUGAUUUCGCCGCUGCCUGUACGGUUUUGAACUCUUUGGAAAAACCACAGUUUGUCUUCUACAACUGUGGGCCAACUGGUGGUGCUAGCAGGCAGCAUAAGCACCUGCAAGUAUUGACGCGCCCACCCCGACUAUUCCCAGAUAAUCCGGGUGAGGGCAAAUCUGUGCCGUACCGGUAUUUUCUGCGGUACCUUCACGAUGUUGAUAUUGAAACGCCAGAGGGCCAGAAAAAGCUUUUCGGUAUAUACCGUAGCUUGCUAGCAGAAGCCAAAGAGUCUCUAGGGGAUAAUAUUGAAGAUGACCCGACCUACAUUCCCCAUAAUGUUGCCUUGGUUAAGGAAUGGAUCAUCGUGAUUCCCAGACGCAAUGUCGAUUUCCAAGGCAUCACUGCAAACACUGCGGGAAUGUUGGGUUCUAUGUGGUUGACAAGCGAAGAACAGAUAGAUGAGUGGAAACAGGUUGGGCCAAAGAAGGCUCUUGCAGGACUGGGUGUGCCAGCUUGA